CAUGAGCUGGUUGUCUCUCACCAACGUUGUCUUAGUUCUCUUUUUUCUCUAUUUCGUAAAUAUGUUUUACACGUUCUAUGUCAUGUUCAAUCCCGAGUCUUGUGCAGCGGGCACAGGUGACUGCCUUGAACCUCACGCCAGACCAGAAGACUCGCUCGAGUUGCGUAUCUACGUGUCGGAAAAAGAGUCAAUUGGGAAAGGUGCUAGGGCGAGGAAAGAGAUUCUGUCUCGAAAGCUGCUGCUCGAUGAGGCAUUCGUGGAAACUAUGAACAUUUCAUUACCGUUGACAACAAGGAGGAAUGGAAGCUUAUUUGCACACAUCUUUGUUGCAAAGGCUGGAGAAUUGAGUGUCAGUGAUUCUACAUGGACGUCUUCUAUUGUAGUACCCCUGACACAAAUGACUGUGAAGAAAGCAGAGACAAUGAGUUUGCUGUCGGAACAAACAAAUGACACGGUUGAGAGUAUUAGCACGGAGGCGGUUCAAUCAGAUGUACCAGUGAGCCACUGGAGAACUAAACUGACUGUUCAUAUUAUGGAAACUCCGAUAUCGUUUUCAAGGAGUAAAGGGUAUCCUGGAGAACUGAGAGAUCAUGUUCGGUUUACAGUUGGCUACAAAUACUUGCCUGUUGUAUACGUAGAUGAGCUGAGCAUUUUGUUGAAACAUCUCCAUCCAAUAGAUAGUGAUUCUGAGGAGAUGCCACUUGAAAUAAGAUACUCUUCAAUAAGUAUUGGUUUGCUACGAAUGUGGCUAUCAAUGCAAAACUCAUUGAGCAUGAUGAGUAGACUUGGCUUUACCGAAAACGACAUCGAUCAAGUAAAAGGGAUCUUUGUCGAUACUAAUCUGUAUUUUUUGGCAUUGACAUUUUUAGUGUCAGCAUUUCACAUACUCUUUGACUUUUUGGCAUUCAAGAAUGAUAUCAGCUACUGGAGAGAGCGUAAGAGCAUGGUCGGAUUGUCAAGCCGUAGUGUCGCGUGGAGGUGUUUCAGUCAGCUGGUUAUCUUUGUCUACUUGCUUGACGAAAAGACAAGUCUGUUGGUCAUCGUUCCGGCUGGCAUCUCAUCAGUCAUUGAGGUAUGGAAAGUAUGGAAGGCGUUCAAGAUUGAAAUAAAAUGGAAUGGUUGGAUGCCAACACUAAAGACUGGCGACAGCUCGGAUGUGGAAAAGGAGACUGAGAAGUUGGAUUCAGAGGCGAUGAGGUAUUUGAUGUACCUGCUGAUCCCGUUAGUUGCUUUGGGUGCUGUCUACUGUCUGGUCUACUUGCAAUACAAAAGUUGGUACUCGUGGUUCGUGCACAGCCUUGUUAAUGGAGUAUACGCUUUUGGAUUUAUAUUUAUGUUACCUCAGCUAUUCCUUAACCACAAGUUAAAGAGUGUUGCACAUUUACCUUGGAGAGUCUUCAUGUACAAGGCGUUCAACACUUUUAUCGACGACUUGUUUGCAUUUAUUAUUGCUAUGCCAACAUCUCAUCGAGUUGCAUGCUUCAGGGAUGACAUCGUCUUUGUCGUCUUUCUCUACCAGAGAUGGUUGUAUCCUGUUGAUAUGAAACGAGUGAACGAAUUUGGUAGAUCCUAUGAUGAUCCACAAGCACAGCCGACGAAACAGAAAGGCAAAAAACAAGACUAGACAGGUGUAUGAAUACUGGACGUGUACAAAUAUAACUGACAAUCGGACUGUUAAGUUAAUUAAUAAUUAUGUGAGUCUUGGUUGCUCGUGUUACCAAUGACAGUAUUAGAUCGACAAUCUCUGAAUGUCCUAUUGUGGAACUUUUGAGGGACUGUGAGGACCAUACAAUAUAGUAGAGCGAGUAUGGUAACAAAUCUAUACGACGAGUAGCACAUGCAGAAUGAUGAACAAAUUUGAGUUUGACGUGCUGAGUGGCUGUG